GUUAUUGGUGUAGCGGAAAACCUAGCGUGCGUUCUUCUCCUCGCCGGUACGUUUUAAGAUUUUGAGAACAGUGGACGCACACUGCAUGGAUAUCGUAUUGCUCGGACAACACUGAAUUAUUUCGAUGACAAUAUCUGAAGCGAUUAGAAUGAAAUGAGCGCAGCGCUUAUGAAGUCGUGAUCCUCACAUACCCAGUGACAGCUGCCAGAACCAUGAGUGGCCACAGGCGCUCCGACUCGUCCUCCAGCCACCUCUCCCCCUGGGACUACAGCGGGGUAGGCAUCGGCUUCGGACUGUACAGGCCUCGGCGUCCCAGCUAUACCUUCGCCACACAGGCACAGAGACAGCGCAGUGAGAGUUACAGAUGUGCUGUGCUAAAGGGGGCCUCAGAUGUUGAUGACCCUGCAGACUUCAUUGAAGGAAUCAUUCAGCGAAAGAACAGAAAGGAAAGCUACAUCCGGGCCACCCGGCCAAAUGAUCCGUCUGAAGUCGAGCUUCAAGAACUUCGAGAGCACAUGAAACGCGUUGAAGAAGAAGCUAAUGAUCCUGGUAAUCAUCCUCCACCUGCAAGUCCGAUUAUACUGAUAAACGAUCAAGGUCCAUUUGAAUUUAACAACGUCUACUCGCCGAACAAUGGUCAGUUUCAACAUGGUUCUAACAGCUCUUCAAAUGAGAACCACAAUGGUCAAACCCGGUGCAGCAUUCCAAACGCUGUGUCAGACAAUCACAUUCAAGAACUGAAAGAAGCUGUCGCUAGGAAAAGAUACUCGCCUAAACAUGACGUACCUACGACCGCACAAAAACCUCACGACUUACCUGACGACUCCGUGUUUACGACUGUGACAGUACUGGAUGACAACGUUGCUGCGACCCCAGGUUCUUCCGAUGGUCCUGCAUUUCCUAGUCCGUUAAAUAGACUAAGACUGCGAAAAAACUUUGUAUUAUUAUGUAUUAGUUUUAUUCUUAUAUUUAAUGCGUUCAGAGCUAUCCAAAAUCUACAGUCAACUAUGAACAAUGCAGACAAUCUUGGGAUUAUUUCGAUGGCAUGCGUCCAUGGUACAAUGUGCUUGACAUGCUUGUGGGCUCCAAUGUUGAUUAAUAAUCUGACAGCAAAAUGGACCAUUGUAAUUGGGAUGUUUACAUAUAUCUUGUGGAUAGCGGGGAACUUUUACCCAACCUUUUACACGUUGAUUCCAUUAGGAAUUCAAGCAGGAGUUGGAAAGGGAAUUUUAUGGACCGCAGAGUCGUCAUAUCUGCUAAAACUGUCGUAUGAUUAUUCUCGUGUUACGAGAGAAGGAUUCGAACGUGAAAUGUUCCGAUUUCACGGCGUUUUUCUCGCAUGCUUCCAAACGACUCACGUGUUUGGUAAUCUGAUGUCUUCGUUAGUCCUGCAGAGUGCGAAGACGAGUUUCCAGGUGUCCACUGCGGGAUCUGACGACUACGACGCUGUGAAUUCCACGACCACCCAAGCGUACAGCACAGGACCGGAUACGCGCUCUUGUGGCGUCCUCUUCCCUUGUAAUAGCAAUAAUGCUUAUUCAGAUAUAACGAAGGACGAGCCUAGUUCGCUGUUAAAGCUGAUGAGCGCGUAUCUCGCCCUAGGAGUGGUGGCAUUCUUCCUGACCAUUGUCUGUCUCGACCAGAUCGGCGCCAGAUUUGAACCGGAGCAUUCAGGGUAUGAGAUUGUGGUGAAGCACGUGCGAAUGAUGGUCUCCAACAAAACAUUCCGUCUUCUUAUUCCACUGUUAAUAUUCAGUGGCCUUCAACAAGCGUUUGUCUUCUCUGAUUUUAAUCAGGCCUAUGUGGCGUGUAUGAUUGGUGAGGAAUACAUCGGCUACUGUAUGAUCGUGCUGGGCCUGGCCAACAUCGUAAGCGCCGUCCUGGUGGCCGUCUGCGCCAACCACGUGCCCCGGGAGGUCGUGUUUGGAAUUGGCGGUAUCCUGCACAUGGGGCUCAUGAUCGGCCUCCUCAUAUGGAUACCAGACAAGAAGCUCGCGGUGUUCUUCUUUAUGGCGGCCGCCUGGGGCGUGUGUGACGCCGUCUGGCAGACACAGUGCAACACGCUGUUGUGCAUCACGUGCCCGGAGGAGACGGACAUGGCUUUCGCCAACUGUCGUCUGCUACAGAGCCUCGGUCUGACACUGGGCUUCCUGAGUGGCACGUGCCUCUGCGUCUCCUUCAAGCUCUACAUCCUCAUGAUCCUGCUCGUGGUCGCCAUCAUGUUCUACGUGCUCGCUGAGUACAAACUACGGCAGAUAGACGGCCGGGUGUUCGAAGGAACAAUUGAAGUCAAUUAAGGAUGGCUAAGUGGACUGUCUGCUUCGAAAUAAGAUAUUGUCUGGUCACGAACUCCGCAACUGGAAACGUCAUAAUUAUACGAUAUUUCCAUGAAUGACCUUAACAGUGGGUCAGUGUGAUAAUGUAAAGCUAUUGGUGUUUCGUCGUGCCAUUCUGAUAGACAAAAGUGUUCGCAACAUGUAUUCAGUAAUGGCUUAUCAAUAAAUAACUACACUAAAGUCAGAAGCUAGUGUUAACCCUGUUACGACUAUCUUGAAAACGGAGGCCUAUAUUUUCCAUAACUGGCCAGAGAGCCGCAAUCUGUUAUUUAACGACUUUCAAGUGGAUUUAUUUCUAAAUACUUUCACAGUAAUUUGCAUUUGUUCACCUUAUAUUUGUCUUCUGAAACAAUGUGAUUUUUUUUGUACAUAAUAAUGCGUGGAAAAUGCCCCGUCUUUAUAUUCCAUAUUUGGCUUUGCAGACAACAAGUUUUACUUGUGUAAUCUUUUUACAUGGAUUCAAGCCGCACUCAUGUAUGUAUUCUAAGUAAGGUGUAUUUUCUUCAACAACAAAAACACGAAACUCGUACGGUACAUAUCGUUUGAACUCAACUUUUUACGACACACACGUUUCAUUUUAAACUGAACAAAACGUAGGAAUAUUGUCCUUUACCAUUGCUUUCAAUGCCGUAUCUAUAUACAUUUCAAUCAUUUGCGUCCAUCGUUUGUACAUCGCUUGCAUUCUUUGAGACAUCGGAACACGAAAAUCGCGCACCUAACUGUGUCAGUUAAUUGGUUCCAUGACUAAUGGAGAACAGAACUUAUAAUGUAUUGUAUAUGCUAUGAUUUUUAUUAUCAUUUUGUCUAUAGGAAGCUUUUGUAUACAUAUCAUUGCUUUAUUCACGGGUUGUCUCGAUGUACCAAGCGAAAGCAGAAAAUAUAGUUAAACAUAUAGUUAAACAUAUAGUUAAACAUAUAGUUAAACAUAUAGUUAUAACCGCAUACGUCUGUGUGCCACCACGUUUAUUAUGUCUAUUUUUGUUGGCAAGCGGCGGGAAGGCUGCAUCAAGCAGAGGUUAUCGCUUUGUAACUUGAAAACGAGUUCAGAUAUUUUAAUUUCACAUAUAGACACAUUAUAUCAUGAACUCGCAUGGGAUUGUAUAUAAAGCUAAUGGAGUCACUGUCUCUCUCAAAACAAAGAAAAGAAAAGUGUUCCUUCGUAGUUACUUAAGAAUAAAUUCAUCUUUUGUAUAGAAACUUCGUGGAUAAAUAUUUUAUGUAAAGACAUAGCUUUUCAGUGCAUUUAGCGUAGAUUGGGUCAAGGUGAAGGUCAGCAUUUCUAUACGUAAAAAAAUGAUUUCCGCUCAAUAAAACAAGUACUAAUCUAGCUUUUGUCAUGAAACGUCAUAUAAAGCAAACUUAGGUCGGGACCUCGCAUGAGACUUCGUACAGAUAGUGUGGUCACUUAAGUUCAGGGUUACUUAACUAAGUGCCGCAAAAUGUUUAAGCUUUAUUAAUUAAGAACACGUUUUAUGUUUUAACAAAACUUCAUACAUGGAUUCUUAACAAUCUGGCUUAUGAGUAUGUCAAGCUGGGUCAUUGUACAUUUCAUAGUUAUUUUUUUAAAGUAAUAUUAAAAACAGUUUCUGCAUCGUUCAAUAACUCAAGAUUUAGUUUAGUUACUUAAUUAAACUUCAUACUUCAUACUUAUUUGUAUAAAUUGUAUAAUGGAUAGCGAGUUCAGAGUCACAGUUUCUAUAACGUAAAAACAACAACUUUGCAGGAUGUUUUUGCAUAUUUAUUAAUACACAAAAUUGGGUUUCGAUGAAUGUCCACGUUUCAUCCAUUUUGGUGCUCUAGUAAGUAUCUUUUGUUUACGAGACAUGUUAUUGUUGUUGUUGUAGUUGUCUAGCACUGUAAUUGAGCUU